GGCUCUGAGCAGCGUCUUUGACCAGAUGACUUUGCUGAGACACCAGGAGCUCGCCCCAGUCCUUUUGGGCUACCUGAAGCAGAGACACGCCUCGGGUUCACCUUGUGGGUCCGACACCAGCAGCCUCAGUGCUUGGCUUGAGGAGAGCUUUGGCAAAUUCUCCAUCUAUGUGGAUUACAAAGACCUGCGUGAGAUCAACACUGGCUUCGACAGCUUUGAGGCCCUGGACAUUCUGAGCACUUCUCAGGUCGCUGAACUGACGCUAGAGUCUGGAGCGCUGAACAGCGCAGCUCUGAUAAACAUGGUCUUUGAACGCCUAGAGCACGGCAACUCUUUCCAGAAUGUUGAAGAGUUCAUUGUGGCUCUCACCCAGACCACACAGGAUUUGGACAUCAGCCCUGUGGUGAGGGACAUCAUGAUGAAUCGAACCUUCACCAUCAUCAGUCUUCAUUUUACCGACUUUGUGACCGACGACUGGGUUUCCUGGUUCACGGUGAAACUGAUUCCUCUCAUUCCCAGCUUGACUGCAGAGAUGCUCCAGACAGCAACAUUAAACACCGACUGCAAUGAAUACCACGUCAUCGUUGGGGCUCUGAGCAGCGUCUUUGACCAGAUGACUUUGCUGAGACACCAGGAGCUCGCCCCAGUCCUUUUGGGCUACCUGAAGCAGAGACACGCCUCGGAUGAAUCGAACCUUCACUAUCAUCAGUCUUCAUUUUGUCGACUUUGUGACCGACGACUGGGUUUCCUGGUUCACGGUGAAACUGAUUCCUUUCCUUCCCAGCUUGACUGCAGAGAUGCUCCAGACAGCAACAUUAAACACCGACUGCACCGAAUACCACGUCAUGUACGUAGCGCUCCCUAUCUUUGUGACCGCUCUGUAACGCCCGUCUAA